AUGAUCUCGUUUUUGGCGAAACACAGAGUUGAUCCCUUCACCAGAAAAGACUGGUAUGAUGUCAAAGCGCCUUCGCUUUUUAAACAAAGAAACGUCGGAAAGACUCUUGUCAAUCGUACGCAAGGUCUAAAAAACGCCAACGAUGCCUUAAAAGGCCGUGUGUUCGAGAUAUCUUUGGCGGACCUGAACAAUGAUGGUGAUCAUAGUGAUGAUCGUCAUGAUCAGGCCUUCCGUAAGAUCAAGCUCAGAGUAGAUGAAGUUCAAGGCAAGAACCUCCUCACCAACUUCCAUGGUAUGGAUUUCACAUCUGACAAACUUCGGUCUUUGGUAAAAAAAUGGCAGACUCUUAUCGAAGCUCACGUCGAUGUCAAGACAACCGAUGGCUAUCUUCUACGUCUAUUUGCAAUUGCAUUCACCAAGAGACGUCAAAAUCAAGUACGAAAGACUACAUAUGCCCAAACAUCUCAGAUUCGUCAAAUUCGAAAGAAAAUGUUUGAGAGCAUGACAAAAGUAGUAUCGCAAAAUGAGUUGAAAGUAUUGGUUAGCAAGCAUCUCCUGACCGAUGCUAUCGGUAAUAAUAUUGAGAAGGCUUGUCAGGGAAUUUACCCUUUACAAAACGUAUAUAUCCGCAAGGUAAAAAUUCUAAAAAGCCCGAAGUUCGAUAUACAGAAGUUGCUUGAACUUCACAGCGACACGGCCGAUACAGGCUCUAAAGUGGGGGGUGCAAAUAGAGACUUCAAAGAACCGGAGUAUGCCUCAAUAGACAACUACGAGAGUAAUUAUGAAGAGAUAGGAAGCACGCGUGAAGAAAUAACAAAGACACUUGAGUUGAAUAGGGCUUAUCAGGCGGAGUUGGGAAAGUGCAUUCAGAACCUUGAAGCUGCACUGAACCAUAACCGAACGACACAGGCUCAAGAGAGAUCGGAUAAAGAAAGGGCUGAGGCAAGAUCUGAUAGUACGAGAUGCUGGGGUCCACCCUUCUUUGUGAAUGAACAUGGACAGGGACUGCCUGAGCUUGAAGACAACUGUAGUACUGUUCGUCCAGUUUUACAUAAAUAUCAACGAUGGACUAACAAUGAGCGGGCUGCGUUAGCAAAGGGUAUUAAGUUUAUCAAUAUGAAAAAAGAGGCGUCCAAGAUUCUUGCUCAGGGCGGCAAGAUGAAAGACUUGCAAAGACUAUCCAAUGCAUAUCUGCUAGAAAACGUCCGUGGGGUUGAUUGGCGUUUCAUAGCUAAGCAUUUUGUACAAACUAAGACCGCCUCGGAAUGUCUGAUGCAAUGGACCAAUCAUGACCAUCCACGGAUAAACAAAAGUUCCUGGACAAAGCCGGAAAUAGCAAAAUUACGUGCUAUUGCCCAAAGGCACAAGUUUCGUAAUUGGCAGGCAAUUGCACUCGAAGUGGCGACUAACAGAACGGCUGCAGAGUGCUUUAAAACUUAUGUUAGACAGAACAGCGAACCAAGGAAAUGGACGAAAGAAGAAGAUGAGAUACUAAUACAAGCUGUCGAUUUAUACGGAGAGAAAAACUGGCAGCAAGUUGCUUCCUGUCUUGAAGACAGAAGUGGCCAACAGUGUCUACACAGAUGGACGAAGACGCUAAAUCCAGCAAUAAAACGUGGCCGGUGGACGCGUGCUGAGGAUGAGGCCUUGAAAGAUGCCGUUAAGCUGUACGGUGCAGGCAAUUGGGUUAAGAUACAGUCUUACGUACUCGGCCGAACUGAUGUAAAAUGUCGAGAACGAUGGGUUAAUGUUCUCGACCCAGCCGUUAAAAAGGAUCCCUGGACAGCAGAGGAAGACAAACAAUUGCUCUCACUGGUCCGAAAGCAUAAUCCUGGUAAUUGGUCAAAAAUUUCUGCAGAAAUGGAUCGACGUACUGAUAAUCAGUGUUGGAGAAGAUAUAAAUGUCUCUUGAAAAAGACGAAGCAGGGAGAAAUUAUUUCCUUAACUUCUGAGUCUGAGGAUGAAAAUCGAAACACAAUUCCUGAUAUUAAUACGAAUAACAGUCCUAGUGUGGAUACAACGGCUACAGCUAAGGACGUAGUGAUACCAAAUAUCGCAAGUCGAUACCCAAAAAUAGCUCCCGCCCCUAUCCCGAGGACUGCAGAAUAUAAAAUACCAGUUACAUCUAUAGAAAAAAAAUAA